UGGGAGCGUUCCUUGGCUUCCGCGGCGGGCUUGUGGGGAGGCUAAUCCGCGGGGGUUGACUGGCGCUAUGAGUUGCUUUGAGGGACAGAUGGCAGAGUAUCCUAACAUCUCCAUAGACCGCUUCGACAGAGAGAAUCUGAAGGCCCGUGCCUACUUCCUGUCCCACUGCCACAAGGAUCACAUGAAAGGAUUAAGAGCCCCAGCCUUGCAAAGAAGGUUGGAGUGCAGCUUGAAGGUUUACUUAUACUGUUCGCCUGUUACUAAAGAGUUGUUGUUAACUAGCCCGAAGUACAGAUUUUGGGAGAAAAGAAUUAUAUCAAUUGAAAUUGAAACUCCUACCCAGAUACCUUUAGUUGAUGAAGCAUCAGGCGAGAAGGAAGAGAUUGUCGUGACUCUCUUACCAGCUGGUCAUUGCCCAGGAUCAGUUAUGUUUCUGUUUCAGGGUGACCGCGGAACUGUCUUGUACACGGGAGACUUCAGAAUGGCCAAAGGAGAAGCUGCCAGGAUGGAGCUUCUGCACUCUGGGGGCAGAGUGAAAGACAUCCAAAGUGUGUACUUAGAUACUACUUUCUGCGAUCCAAAAUUUCAUCAAAUUCCUAGUCGGGGAGAGUGUCUGAGUGGGAUGGUGGAGCUGGUUCGGAGCUGGAUCACGCGGAGCCCGUACCACGUGGUGUGGCUGAACUGCAAAGCAGCUUACGGGUAUGAGUAUCUGUUCACCAACCUUAGUGAAGAAUUUGGACUCCAGGUUCAUGUGGAUAAGCUAGACAUGUUUCGAAACAUGCCUGACAUCCUUCAUCACCUCACCACGGACCGCAGCACUCAGAUCCACGCGUGUCGCCACCCAAAGGCAGAGGAAUAUUUUCAGUGGAAUAGGUUACCCUGUGGAAUUACUUCCAGAAAUAGAAUUCCACUCCACACAAUCAGCAUUAAGCCAUCCACAAUGUGGUUUGGAGAAAGAACCAGAAAAACGAAUGUAAUUGUGAGGACUGGAGAGAGUUCAUACAGAGCUUGUUUUUCUUUCCAUUCCUCCUACAGUGAGAUUAAAGAUUUCUUGAGCUACAUCUGUCCUGUGAAUGCAUAUCCAAAUGUCAUUCCAUUGGGCACCACUAUGGAUAAAGUUAUAGAAAUCUUAAAGCCUUUAUGCCGUUCUUCGCAAAGCACUGAGCCAAAGUAUAAACCACUUGGAAAACUGAAGAGAGCUAGAACAACUCAGCUAGACUCUGAGGAGGAGGAGGAUGAUGAACAUGACCUCUUUGAUGAUCUUCUGCCAGUACCUUUAAGGCACAAAGUUCCAAUCCAGCCAACUCUUCACCCUAAGGUAUUUCAAAUGACUGCAGUAUCACAAAACCAGCCUGAAAAACUAGGACAGAGAACAGGAUGCAACAGAGCAGAGAGCAUGCAAACCUCUCUUUGGGCAAACUUUAUAGACUGUGAAGAAUCCAACAGUGAAAGUGAGGAAGAAUCACAAGUCCCAGCAUCAUUUCAAGGAGAUCCGUGUCCUGUUACACAUCACCAACAAAAGGCAGAUGCAGAAGUACCACAGUGGGAAGUCUUCUUUAAAAGAAAUGAUGAGAUGACAGAUGAUGGUUUGGAAAACUUCCUUUCCUCCACGGAGGGAGGGGGCUCUCAGUCGCCAAAGCUUUUCAGUGACUCUGAUGGGGAGUCAACUCACAUCUCUCAGAGCUCCUCCCAGUCCACACACAUCUCAGAACAAGGAAGUCAAGGCUGGGACAGCCAGCCUGACACUGUUUUGUUAUCUUCCCAAGAGAGAAACAGUGGGGACAUGACUUCCUUGAACAAAGGCGUCUAUAAACCAAAAAUCAAAGAGAAUCCUCCUACCUCUCAGAUGGAACAAAAUGUACUUUGCCCAAAGGACUCUUACUCUGAAGAUGUAACUCUAGUUCCCAGUGUUGGAGAACCAACUACUGUAAGCAGUGGGAAACACAUACCUCAGGAAAGAAGGUUGUCAACUCUUAGCACCAAUGCAGACUCACAGAGCUCCUCUGAUUUUGAAAUUCCCUCAACUCCAGAAGCUGAGCUACCUAAACGAGAGCAUUUACAGUAUUUGUAUGAGAAGCUGGCAACAGGUGAGAGUAUAGUACUUGACAAGAGAAAAAGCUCACUUUUAGAUACUUAAGAAUUCAUUCCAGAGCCACCACUAAAGAAACCUAUACAAAGAGGUAAUAGUCGAAAUCUUAAUAGAUAAAUUAAAAUGCUCAUAUAACCUAAAAGAAAGGAGUAAAGGGGAAACAGGAACAAAAAAGAGGGGAAAAAAACAGAAAACAAAUACAAUAUGUUAGGACUAAAUCCAAAUAGAUCAAUAAUUACAUUACAUGAAAAUGGCCUACACACACCCAUGAAAAGACAGUCUGGAAAAAUAAAACAUAACCCAACUAUAUGCUAUCAACAAACAACUCACUUCACAGGAUAUAGGUUGGCUAAAAGUAAAAGGAUGGGAAAUAUACCAUGACAGGUGGAGUGACAAUAAGAGGUGCAGUUCACUAAGAAGAUACAAUUUUAAAUGUGUAUGUACCUAAUAACAGCUUCAAAAUAUACAGGCACACCUCAGAGAGAUUGCAGACUGGGUUCCAGACCACUGCAACAAAGCAAAAAUCACAAUAAAGCGGGUCAAUGAAACUUUUGGUUUCCCAGUGCACAUAAAAGUUAUGUUUACACUAUAUUACAGUCUAUUAAGUGUGCAUAGCAUUAUGUCUAAAAAACCCAGCAUGCCUUAAUUUGAAAAUACUUUGCUAAAAAAUGCUAACCAUCACCUCAGCCUUCAGCAAGUUGUAGCCUUUGCUGGUGGAGGGUCUUGUCUCGAUGUUGAUGAGAACGCACUAUAGAAUGUGCUGUGAAGCGCAGUAAGACGAGGUAUGCCUGUACAAAGCACAAACAACUAAGAGGAGAAACUAAUGCACUAUUAUAGUUGGGACUUUUAACAUUCCUCUCACAGUAACAGUUAGUUUACAGGAAAUCAGCAAGACCAUCUACCAAAUGAAUCUCACUGAUACUCUAUCCAACAAGAAAAUACAUGUUUUUCAAGAGGACAUGGGGUAUUCGCCAAGAUAGAUCAUAUACUAGGUCAUAAAAACACUUCAAACUGAAAGAAUAAAAACUUGGACCUAUUACUAUAAACUGAUGGCUAUGGGAAAAGCCAGCCCCCUACUUAACUCAAGAGAUGUUACAGAAUUUACGAAUGUUGGUGUGAAUACAAUGGCAAAAUUAAAACUACAAAAUUUAGGACCUAAAGGAAAAUAAUUAAAUGGCCAAAGUAUACAUGUGUUCUAUGAGUCAUUCAACUUUCCUAAAGUCCAUCAAUAGGAUAUGAUUUUGCACAGUAUACAUGUGGAUUUUAUAUAGUUUUAUUAACUCAUUAACAAGCACUUUAGUAUGCUGACAUUUUGUAAAUUAAUGUAACAAAAGCUGAGAUUUCUCUUAAAACUAGUUUAAGUAGUCUCUAAAAACAACGUUUAUCAAUUCCACUAACAAGAUAUGCGUUAUCACUAUGCUGCAAGGUAAUUAGACCAACAGUAAGUAUUGGAUCCACAAGACUAAUUAGGGAACAAGACUUAUAGUUAGGGGGAGAGGAAAAUAACCGGGUACUCAGAGGAAGCAAAGCCAAGAGGACCAGGAAGCCAGUCCUCACUUUUCCAGAAGGGAAUAUUCCAUUCCCAAAUGUUGGAGGACAGAUUUGCCCCUGUCCAUUUACAUGGGGAAAAAUUAGACAGUGGCACCUAGACUUUGCAUUCAACUAAGAAAGUGACACAAGAGGAGGGAUGAGGGGAAGACACUGACAUCGUUAUAAGGGAUAGGGCUGAGACUAAGGACCUGAUCAUUUCUGAUUGGUAAGGACAUGCUGGGUCACAAUUUUAGGGAAGUAUCUACCCUGAAUUACUCAACAGUGUUUUAUCAACAUCUACACUGAUGGGAAUGGUCUCAGCACAGUAAGGUACCUGGAGCAAAAGAGUAUAAGGAAGGACACUAGGAGCUUUAUGGGAAUGCUGAACCUUUUUCCCUUGAUCAGCUGCUGCUCUGAGCUUUGGAUGAAUUACAAUCUGCAGACUUAAUAUACGGGGCAGGGCUAGAGUUGUAGUCAUUCCAUUUUGCCCAGUAGUAGUCUGAGUACUACUUCCUGAAUUCCAAGUGAAUAUAAAGGCUCUAGAGAGAA